UCCUGGUUCAGCAAUGCCUGCCAGAGGAAAAGGAGCUGUGAAGGCAAAGAGGUCUCAAGAUCAACCAGGGCCUUCCAGUGGAAGAAGGGGAUCAGAUGGGAGAAGAGGAAAAAAGAAAACAGAGGGAGAACAAGAUACGCAACCAGUAAAGAAGAAGCGGAGAGCGCGGUCUUCUGAAGAAACACCUUCUUCAGAGAGAAAAGUAGUGGUGACUCCAGGCCAGAGGGCAAAAUGGCAGCUACUUCCUGAGAGCUCUAGAGCACAGCUGGAGUCCAUGAUGCGUGGGUUAAUAUUAUCUAUUGUUUACGAAACUCCCCAAGGCCAAAGGGAAUUGGAAAAGCACUUAAACAACCUCAAGGAAAG